AUAGGAAGCGCCUGUAGAUCGUGACGCGCUGCAGGAAAACAGAACACGGGCUUGCCUGGUGCUGAUGCUGCGGAGGAUCAUGACACUCUCACGUGAGAUGAUGACAGCCUCAUCCAGGCCGCAGGUCCGUGAGGGACGACGGCUCGAUGGAGACACUGAGUGACAUGGAUGUUUCACGUGACAAAGCUCGGGGUCAAAGACGAAUAUGGCAAAGAGAGACUAUCUGGUGGAGGCCGCUCAGCAGAUCCGCAUGGCUCUGGACAGAGAAGUCAAUGAGGAUUACGAGGCGGCGUUCAGCUACUAUAAGAACGGAGUCGAUCUGCUGCUCAACGGAGUUCAAGUGGACCCGAACAAGGAGCGCCGCGAGGCGGUGAAGCGUAAGACCACCCAAUAUCUGAAGAGAGCCGAGGAGAUCUUCAUAUCGUACCUGCAGGACAACAUCACAAAGGGUUCCACACAUGUAGGGGGUUACAGCAGUUUAAGGUUCAGGUCCAUCAGACAUCUGAGUUCACCGGUGGAGAAUCUGUCCAUGUGUAGGGUGCUUGGAGUGCUGGAUAAGGUGCUGACGGUGGAGGGUGUGAUCAGCGGAGAGACGUUCAUCGUGAAGAGUUUAUCCAAGUCCAGCUGGGAGAGUCGUGCGAGGUCCACGGUCAUUCCUCAGGGCGUCCCGUUCAUGGUGAAGCUGCUGAAGUAUUACGUCAGUGAAGACUCCGUGUUCCUUCAUCUCGAACAUGUUCAAGGUGGAAGAGUGUUUUCCAGACUGCGUAAGGUCAGACUCAAAACAUCCGUGGAGUAUCCAGACUGUUCGAGUCCCAACCAGCACAAGAUUCCCAUGAAGAACAGCUACACCCUUCCCUGCCUCAGCCGUGAGGUGAACAUGAACAACAGCGGAUCUCUGCGUCUGUAUGAACCUCUCGCCUCCGUCGGUCUGGCCAACGGUCUCACGUCUUUACCUCAGGAGAAUCUUCCCGUUCAUCCCUGUGUCAUCGUGGACACUCGGGAUCCUCUCGACGUCACUUCCGACCUUUUAGGAAACGAUGUCCGCAUCGAGCGGAUGGACUGGAAUGCUUUGGAAGCCGUCACCGUUUCAGGGUCAAACUCUGACGUUCUGGGAAGAAACACGACAGCUCCACAAGUGACCCUCUGCAGCACCGUCAACGUUCUUCCACAGAGAGUUCGGAUCCUUCCCAACACUUCCCAACACGAGCGCACUGUCCAUCACUCCAAACCUGCUGGAAACGCACAGCCUUCACAGUUUGUGGCUGAAUUAAGUGUCGUUCAUUCUCAUCACUGUCCGUUUCAAAAACAAGAAGUCAGCGCGAAGUCGACGCCUCGGGUGAACGCUCGCGGUGAUGUCUGCAGGAGGUGGGGGAUGGAGAAUGGAAACGUUCUCAAUCCGUUGUAUAAACCGCUGCAGAUGGACACGAUUUUCAGCUCAUCGGGUAACUGCACUCUCACAGAGUCUGGACUGAAAGAUGCUCAUGGUGACGGCUUGUGUCAUGAAGUAAACGCAAAGAUCAGGAAGGCCAGAUGGAAGCGAGAUGGACGAGGACUUCCAGAAGAAGAGGUGCGACUGUGGGGAGCUCAGAUUCUGUUGGCUCUGGAGAGUCUUCAUGAGCAGGGCAUCAUCUGUCACGACCUCAACCCACGAAACAUCCUCCUGCGCAGUAACGGCGAGGCGUGUCUCACAUAUUUUGGACAGUGGACGGAGGUUCAGCCUGAAAUGAACCCAUCAGCAGUGGAGGAAAUGUACUGCGCACCGGAAAUCGGAGGCGUGUUAAAGAUCACCGAGGCGUGUGAUUGGUGGAGUCUUGGAGCCAUACUGUAUGAGCUUCUUACUGGAGUGCCGCUGUGGCAGUGUCAUCCAUCAGGUAUUCAUCCUCACACUCCUCUCUAUAUCCCUGACACCCUGAGCACUGCGGCGGCGUCUCUUCUCGCUGAGCUGCUGCAGUUUGACGCGGGGUAUCGUCUGGGCUCUGGAGGAGGCGGCGUGAGCGACAUCAAGUGUCAUCCGUUCUUUAACUCCGUCCCCUGGCUCACACUGGCCAGUUAAAGCACCGGCAGUGCCUUCAGUUGACUUCUCUGUCUCACAAUGAACAAAACAUUCACAGUGGUUUUAUUUCACCUUUUAUUCAGCAGCGUGUCAGGUGGAAUCUGAUCUUGAUUGCUGAUUUUAGGGUAAAUGUGCAGAAUGCUGUGGAACGUAAACGUGGUAAAGAAAUGACACACAGAAUGUUGUGGAGAUCUUUGUGAAUGUUAAAGCGUCUGCUGAGGUGCAGGUCUUCUCUGAAAAUGACGCCUGCAUUUAUUGAUCCUUUUUCUCAGUAUUCUUAAAAUCUUCUCUAAACAACUUCUUGAAGUUCAUGAGUGUUUGAUCACAGCUUUAACGUGACCCCUCAAGAUACCAAAGCAUCUGCCAUCAAAGUGGGUUUGAGAGUGAUUUUUGCAGAACUGAAUGAGGGUGAGAAAGAGCUGAUUGUUGUGCUUGAUCUCCAUCUGCUGGCACGAGAAGCAAAACACACAUCAGCUGUUUCUACACACACACAGAGUGCAGUGAAAUAAAUGUGUACGUGAAGUCAAGCGUCUGGAGAAUCAAUGUAUAGAAUGUCGAUCGUUUGCACAUUAAGGGCAUUAAAACUGCACGUGCUGUAAUGCAGACGCGAAGGUGAAAUGCAAUAUGACCGAAAGCAAACGUGUUCAAGCACCUCUCACCAUGAACGUCAUUCUUUUUGUGGUUGCAAUUAAAACUCAUUCCCUCAUAGCACAGGUACGUCUGUAAGACGUCUGCUGCGUAAAAACAUCUGCUAAACUUCUUAGAAAUAGCAGUUUUUCAUCUGUUCAAAAAUCAUAAACAUCUUACGGACAUCUAGAUGUAUAUCUGACAGCAGACGUCUCAGAGAUGUAUGUGUUCUAUAAGGGUUCAUUUCCUACUCAUUGUGCAGUCUGAAUAAUAAUAAUACUGAAACAGAUCUACCUGUGAGACUUUCAUUCUGCUCAAUUAAACAAAAAGAUG